UUGCAUUUUAAAAAAAAUAAAUAAUUAUUAUUAUUUUUUUUUAGGUGAUAUCUCACCAUGCGGGGACCAAGAAUCCAGUGAACGAGAACCAAGACAACACAGUGAUCUCAUCUACAGAAUAAAUCCCUUCCACAUCUCUUCUCGGCCUCCAAAAGGGUCGGCAUGAGCGGCCUGGCAGGCAAACUGGACCCCCGGCGGGUCCAAUGGGGCGCCACGUGGCGCACCUUUACGUCCCGCGUCUUGAGAACCAAGCCCGUGGAGUCCAUGCUGGACUCGGCCACGUCGGGCACGGGCCCGCACGGCACCCGGCUGGCCCGCGUGCUGUCCACGGUGGACCUGGUGUCCCUCGGCGUGGGCAGCUGCGUGGGCACGGGAAUGUACGUGGUGUCGGGCCUGGUCGCCAAAGAGAUGGCCGGCCCCGGCGUCAUCGUGUCCUUCAUCAUCGCCGCCGUGGCCUCCAUUUUGUCAGGAGUGUGUUACGCAGAGUUCGGCGUGCGCGUGCCAAAGACCACCGGCUCGGCUUACACGUACAGCUACGUGACGGUGGGCGAGUGCGUGGCCUUCUUCAUCGGCUGGAACCUGAUCCUGGAGUACCUGAUAGGCACGGCGGCGGGCGCCUCGGCACUCAGCAGCAUGGCCGACUCGCUGGCCAACCACAGCAUCAGCGGCUUCAUGACGACGCACGUCGGAACGCUCAACGGCUUUGGUAAAGGAGAGCAGUCGUAUCCGGACCUCGUGGCGCUGCUCAUCGCGCUGCUGGUGACGGUGAUCGUGGCGCUGGGGGUGAAGAACUCGGUGGGCUUCAACAACGCGCUGAACGUCAUCAACCUGCUGGUGUGGCUCUUCAUGAUGGUGGCCGGGCUCUUCUUCGUCAACGGGGACAACUGGGACCACGGCAGGUUCCUGCCCUUCGGCUGGUCGGGGGUGUUGCAAGGCGCCGCCACCUGCUUCUACGCCUUCAUCGGCUUCGACAUCAUCGCCACGACGGGCGAGGAAGCCAAAAGUCCCAACACGUCCAUCCCGUACGCCAUCACCGCCUCGCUGGUCACGUGCCUCACGGCGUACGUGUCGGUGUCCGUCAUCCUGACCCUGAUGGUCCCGUACGACGAGAUCGACGCCGACGCGCCCCUGAUGGAGAUGUUCGGCGCGCACGGCUGCAUGUUCGCCAAGUACAUCGUGGCGGUGGGCUCCAUCGCCGGCCUCACCGUCUCGCUGCUGGGCUCGCUCUUCCCCAUGCCCAGGAUCAUCUACGCCAUGGCGGGCGACGGCCUGCUCUUCAAGUUCUUGGCCCACGUGUCGUCCUUCACGGAGACCCCCGCUGUGGCGUGCGUGGUGUCGGGCUUCCUGGCGGCGCUCUUGUCCCUGCUGGUCAGCCUCAGAGACCUCAUCGAGAUGAUGUCCAUCGGCACGCUGCUGGCCUACACUCUGGUGAGCCUGUGCGUGCUCCUGCUGCGUUACCAGCCCGAGGGCGACAUCCACGGCUUCGUCAACUUCCUGUCGGAGGAGCAGAACGUCAAGAGGAAGGAAGGCGUCCUGGCCGAGUGUGAGAAGGACACCCGCUCGCCGGGCCGCGACGACGCCGACGAGUCCACCAACACGUGCGGCGCCAAGAACCUGCCGUCGCUGGGCGACAACGAGAUGCUGAUCGGCAAGCCCGACAAGAACGCCUACGCCGUCGGGCACCCCAACUACGGCACCGUGGACAUGGGCAGCGGCAUCGAGGCCGAGGAGUCGGAGGGCGGCGUGAUGCGGCGGCUCAAGAAACUGCUGGGGCCCCGCUACUACACCCUGAGGAUUCGACUAGGACUCCCGGGGAAGAUGGACCGGCCCACCGCCGCCACGGGGAAGACGGUCACCGUGUGUGUGCUGCUGCUCUUCGUCUUCAUGUUCGCUUUCUGCUCCUUCAUCAUAUUUGGCGCGAGCAACAUCGCGGCCGGUCGCUGGUGGGCUCUGCUCCUCGUCAUCCUGCUGCCGGCGGUCCUGGCCCUGCUGGUGGUCGUCAUCCUGCAGCAGCCCGAGAACCCCAAGCGGCUGCCCUACAUGGCGCCCUGCGUGCCCUUCGUGCCCGCCUCCGCCAUGCUGGUCAACAUCUACCUCAUGCUCAAGCUGUCCGCCAUCACCUGGAUACGAUUCUCCAUUUGGUGUCUCGUGGGCGUGCUGAUCUACUUCGGCUACGGCAUGCGGAACAGCACCUUGGAGAUCAGGGCCCGCGAGAACGAGGCGCACGCCUCCACCUACCGACGCUACGACCAAGGCGUGGACGAGGGCUUCUGCGGCUUCGACGACGACUUCGACCCGCCGGCCGAGGUCACGUCGUCGGGCCCGGAGGGCAGAGCGCCGCGGGCCCGGCCGGAGAGCGACGGGACGCCCGUUCGGAGGCCGGGCGCCGCCCCGGAGGGGGAGGAGGACCCCGUGGAUUAUUGAAUUUUCCCCGUUUUUUGGGGGGGGACCGUCUUGAGCGCCGGGCGUCGGGCGGGCGAGCGAGCGAGCGGUCGGCGGGUACGCGUGCAUGCCAGCGUGUGGGCGGGUUGCUGUUUGUGUGUGCGGACUCCGUGGGCAAAAUCGACCCCCCUUGCUACGUCCUUCGCGGUUUCGGCCCCUGAUAGCAAAGUGCAGACGUAGCGGAGAGAUAAGCGGGCGGGCGUGAUGCAACGCCGCAGAUCGGAACGCUCGCUUCGCUAGUCAGCGGCGACGACGACAAGUCAGCACGUCUUUUUAUCGUAAGAAAUAUGUUCAUAGAAAAAUACAAAAUAAAUCAAAAAAGCGUCUCACCCAGGGCUGGGCAUUCGAUUGGUAAAUUGGACAAAUUGUAUGAAGUUGUAGAAAAGACAAAAAAGAGAGAGAACAUUUGAAAUGUUACUUGAGGAAUAAAUGAAUACUUACAAUUAUAAUUAAUGAAAUUAUAAUGAAUUCACCAAUUUCAACAAUCAAUUACAAUAAAUCAAUUGACAAAUGAUUUAAUGACACGAUUGAAUAUAAAAAUAGAUAGAUUCAUUAAUACAUAUUAAUUCACCAGUUUUAAGAACAGGAUAAUUCAUGUUCAUUGUUUUGUUUCAUUAUUUAGAAUUCAUUCAUUUGUAAUUAUUUAACCAAAUAUUUAAUGCAGAAAUGUUACAUGUAUUUGUAAACUGUAUUUAUUUAUUUUUUUACUAUUAUUGUGUAUUUUAUUAGGUAUAAUAAUCAAUUGUGAGAUAAGUUCAUGCAA